AUGGACACGAGCAGUGUGGGAGACUUGCAGGUUGAUGAGAUUGUGUCCUUGGCUCCCUUUUCCCAGCAGCUCACCUCGGUUCUCGUCGAUACUCACAAUUCCUCACAACCCAAGCUAUACAACGAGGAUGAUUCUCUCUGGUCCCUGGUGAAGAUUAUUUUGGGGGACGAAGAAACAAUCUACUUGGAAGCCGACGGAGACCUCACUUUGGUGGUCGGCGGCGGUGAAUGCGAUGACAACGAUGCCGACAGCGAUUACGAAGAGGAUCGGACCAUCCCGACGCGUUUCGUUGUCUGCUCCAAAACCAUGAAGCGGGCAUUCAAGGUCUUCGGCGCCAUGCUUUCCUCUCAAUACUGCUUCGUUGAAUCCAAGCCCGCCAGCGGCCCUUGGGUCGUCCAUUUGCCGGAGGAUGCCCCUGAGCCAAUGUUCGUCAUGCUCUGUUUCGGUCACGGCCUCUUCCACAACAUCCCCCAGACUAUGACCCUUCCCGAGCUUUACGACCUCCUUGUUCUUACAAACAAGUAUCUCUUCACCCCGCACAUAACCCCUUGGAUUCAGAACUGGCUCGGUGCCUAUGUCAUGUCAGCCAGCAAGGUCCAGUUCUUGACCAGACAACAGCAGUACCAGGUCAUCUGGGUUGCCUGGGAGCUUGGUGACCAUCAGCUCUUGGCGAGAGCUAUUCAGCAGAUAGCUCGAGACUGCAACAAAAUUCCCAGAAUGUUUACCAUCGGAAAUCGUGGCUUGGUCCUGAAAAACGAGAUGUUUCCCGAAGGCUCGGGAGUAAUUGCUGUGAUGAACAUGGUAAUUGAGAACUUCCAUCAGAUCAUAUAUGAUGAAGUUAGCGGUGGCCUCCUGCAGUACUACGAAGGAAACCUUUGCAAGAAAGGCAACGCUUCGGAUGACUGCUCGAAACAAGUCCACGAUGCCCUCGUCGCCAUCUGCCACUACGCUGGAAGCGGGAUUGAUUACUUUCGGUACAAGGUGUUUCAAGAGACACCUCGAACAAUCCGGCAGACGUGUGACAGGGUGAGCAGACGCUCCCUGAGAGACUGCAGUGGCCACACCUGUUUCUCCUUCAAGCGCCUCAUCCGCACACUUCAGGAGGGUUCCGAUGACCGGGUUUCGUGGCUGACUCGCACCCAAGAGCGUCAUGUCCAGAACCAAGCUCACGUCUCGGGAUGGAGAAGACUGGAUUAA